AUGGGCGCCUAUCUCUAUGGGCGCAUAUCUCUAUGGGCGCCUAUCUCUACGGGCGCCUAUCUCUAUGGGCGCCUAUCUCUAGGGGCGCCUAUCUCUAGUGGCGCCUAUCUCUAUGGGCGCCUAUCUCUAGGGGCGCCUAUCUCAAUGGGCGCCUAUCUCUAUGGGCGCCUAUCUCUAUGGGCGCCUAUCUCUAUGGCGGCUCCUAUCUCUAUAGGUUGCCUAUCUCUAGGGGCGCUUAUCUCUAUGUGCGCCUAUCUCUAUGGGCGCCUCUCUUUAGGGGCGCCAAUCUCUAGAGGCGCCUAUCUCUUUGGGCGCCAAUCUCUAUGGGCGCCUAUCUCUAUCGGCGCCUAUCUCUAUAGGCGCCUAUCUCUAGGGGCGCUUAUCUCUAUGUGCGCCUAUCUCUAUGGGCGCCUCUCUUUAGGGGCGCCAAUCUCUAGAGGCGCCUAUCUCUUUGGGCGCCAAUCUCUAUGUGCGCCUAUCUCUAGUGGCGCCUAUCUCUAUGGGCACCUAUCUCUAGGGGCGCCUAUCUCUAUGGGCGCCUAUCUCUAUGGCGCCUAUCUCUAUGGGCGCCUAUCUCUAGGGGUGCCUAUCUCUUUUGGGCGCCUAUCUCUAUGGGCGCCUAUCUCUAGGGGCGCCUAUCUCUAUGGGCGCCUAUCUCUAUGGGCGCCUAUCUCUAUGGGCGCCUAUCUCUAUGGGGGCGCCUAUCUCUAUGGGCGCCUAUCUCUAUGGGCGCCUAUCUCUAGGGGCGCCUAUCUCUAUGGGCGUCUAUCUCUAGGGGCGCCUAUCUCUAGGGGCACAUAUCUCUAUAGGCGCCUAUCUCUAUGGGCGCCUCUCUUUAGGGGCGCCAAUCUUCUAGAGGCGCCUAUCUCUAUGGGCGCCCAUCUCCAGGGGCGCCUACCUCUAGGGGCACCUAUCUCUAGUGGCGCCUAUCUCCAGGGGCGCCUAUCUCUAGGGGCGCCUAUCUCUAGGGGGGGGCGCCUAUCUCUAGGGGCGCCUAUCUCUAUGGGCGCCUAUCUCUAUGGGCGCCUAUCUCUAUGGGCGCCUAUCUCUACGGGCGCCUAUCUCUAUGGGCGCCUAUCACUAAGGGCGCCUAUCUCUAGUGGCGCCUAUCUCUAUGGUCGCCUAUCUCUAGGGGCGCCUAUCUCUAUUGGUGCCUAUCUCUAUGGGCGCCUAUCUCUAUGGGCGCCUAUCUCUAUAGGUGCCUAUCUCUUUGGGCGCCUAUCUCUAUGGGCGCCUAUCUCUAGGGGUGCCUAUCUCUAG